AUGGCAUCCAGUGUACCUGUGUGUCCAUACAAAACUGUGAUAGAUGCCUAUUCUGUUUUCCAUCAAGUGGAAUUAGAUGAGGAAAGUCGGCACCUGACUACCUUCAUAUCCCCAUGGGAAGUCAAUUAUGCAGUCGUUGAAGGAGAGGCUGCUGCCGUGGUAUGGUGCUUUCAGAAAGCUAGAUUAUUCCUACUGGGAUGUCCCAAUAUUAUCCUUGUUACUGACCACCGUCCGCUGGUCAAAGUGUUUGGUGAUAGAGAAUUGAAAGACAUUGCAAAAACAUUACAAUACCGUUUCACAGUGAAAUACAUUCCUGGGAAGAAAAACUCAGCAGCCGAUACUCUUUCAAGAUACCCAGUAAUCAGAAGCCCAAUAAAUGCGAGUGACAGUGAGAUGGGGGAGGAGGUUGAGAGUUCAUGCGUUGCAGCAUUGAUCACGUCGCUGAGUGAUGACGUCAUAACCCUCGACUGGAAUUCUGUUAAAAAAGCUGCUGAAAGCGAUGUGGAAUAUCAUCUGCUAAAGAGUAUGGUAGCCGCAGGUUCUUGGCCGGUAUCAAGAAAUCUAGUCGACCCCAGCAUAAAGCCGUAUUUUAACGUGCGGGACCGACUUGGCAUCGUGGACGAACUGGUGGUGUAUUCAUAUGAUGAAGGGCACAUACGUCUAGUAAUACCUGUGUCACUACGAGACCGAGUUGUCUCUAACCUACACUCAGGCCACCAAAGUUCUGAUUCAAUGAUUCGUAGGGCACGACAGGCUGUGUAUUGGCCUGGGAUGGAGGGUCAACUGAAACUCAAGAGGAUGCAGUGCAGAACAUGUGACGUCAUCGCUCCAUCCCAACAAAAGGAACUGCUAUUGCCCACCCCACCCCCUGAUUAUCCUUUUCAACAGACGGUCACGGAUAUGUUUCAAAUAUGUGGAAAACAAUAUCUGGCAUAUGCAGAUAGGCUUACUGGUUGGCUGGAAAUUGCCUUCUAUCCAAGUGGUGCUACUUCUGCUAAGUUGAUCCCACUCUUCCGACGAUACUUCAUGCAGUGGGGUGCCCCGGAAGAAAUCUCCCUCGAUGGUGGCACCAAUUUGGUAAGCACUGAAAUGGCUAGCUUCCUACAGAAAUGGGGGGUUAGGAUGAGAAUAUCCUCAGCCCAUUACCCCCAAUCCAACGGGAGGGCAGAGGCAGCAGUACGUACAGCAAAAAGAACCAUUCAAGAUGACACAAGAAGCGACGGAAGCCUCGACACAGACAGUUUUGCAAGAGCCAUUUUGCAAUAUAGAAAUACGCCCCUAAGAGACAUCGAUAAAUCGCCGGCACAAUUAGCCAUGGGACGACAACUCAGAGACUCAGUUCCCAUGAUUAAAAGCUAUCAUAAGAUAACAGAGCAGUGGGCAGACAUUAUGAUAGACAGAGAGGAGAAGAUGGGUAGACACUUGAGAAAUGUCAAGUUCCGUCAUGAUUCUAGUGCAAAGAGACUCCGCCCCUUGCAAACGGGUACCACAGUAGCAGUGCAAAAUGUUGUCUCUAAGGCCUGGGAUCGUAUUGCAAAAGCCAUUGAAAUGAAAGGAGACCGCCAAUAUGUCAUAAAAUUAGACGGUAGUGGAAGAAUAUCAACGAGAAACAGAAAACAUCUUCGGGAAAUAAGAGUGCAGGAUUCCCCACCUACUCGUUCACUUUCCCCCUCUGACUCGUGUGCUGACCGCCAACCCAGAAGAGGGACGAGGAAAAUAAAUCCUCCGAGUUGGCAUAAAAACUACAUUUUGUCACCUCUCCACCUAAGACAGUACCUUAGAGAACCGGGCACUGGUGACUCAGAUGGGCCUAUGGGCUCCUGCAAAGGCCCUUUCGCUACCUCACAGAGACUGGAGGGUCAUAGAAAGAGAGAUAUAGAAGUGGGUAGGCAGAGAGUGAGAAAACAAGAACAACAAAAUGCACCAAGGAAAGAGAGUGCGAAGAGCGAAAAGGAGGACAACAAAGAGGUUCUAAAAGCUGCAACAGAGCGGAGGCUCUUUGAGUCUGAGCAGAAUCCGUAG